UUUUCAGUACUAUAUAUAUAGUUUUAGUGUCGUGUAUUUGCCGAUAUGAAAAGAAUCUGAGGUAAAUAGACACCGGGGGUUCCUUUCACCGCGCCUCGCCUCGCCACACAACACGGCAGGAUGAGCGUCUACACAUUUUUAGAGAUCGACGUGAAUGCGCAGGUGGAGGAGCUGCGCGCCUACCUGAAGGAGGUAGGCGCGGAGAUAUCCAUGGAGCGGAGUUCCAAGGGGCUGGAGGAUGACCUGCACAAGAUCAUCGGGGUGUGCGACACCGCCUUCUCCUCUGAGGCCACCGAGGCCGAGGUGGAGGCGCUGCUCAACUCCAUUGUCUCAGUGCUCAUCGUGGUACCUGUUGGAGAGAAGACAGAGAGCCUCAUCCUGGCAUUCUGUGAGAAGCUGGCUAAGGCGCCAUCCAACCGCCUGGGCCACGUGUGCCUCAGAGUCCUCAACCUGCUAUUCCACGCCCUGCCAGAGAACCACGGCGUGAGGUACCACGUCUACUACACCAUGGUGCAGGUGAGCGGCCAGAUCGGGCAGGUGCAGGCCGUGUACCAGUCCGUGGAGAAGAUGCGCACCACCCUCAACACCGCCCAGCCGCCACCCUCCACUGAGCAGCUCCAGCAACUCCUCCGCCUCCUCCACCAGACGCUCAUCGCCAACAAGCAAAGUGAGGAAGCAAGCAAGGUCAUGAUUGAGCUGCUGGGGACCUACACGACAGAGAACGCCUCCCAGGCCCGCGAGGACGCACACCGCUGCAUCAUCGCCUCGCUGGCCGACCCCACCACCUACAUCAUGGACCACUUGCUGACUCUUAAGCCGGUCAAGUUCCUGGAGGGUGAGCUGAUCCACGACCUUCUCACCAUCUUUGUCUCGGAGAAGCUGCCCGGCUACAUCCACUUCUACAACAACCACAAGGAGUUCAUCUCUUCCAUAGGUCUGGAUCACGAGGCCAAUGUGAGGAAGAUGAGGCUGCUGACCUUUAUACAGAUGGCCGAGUGUCAGUCCGAGAUGUCCUUUGAGUUGUUGAUGCAGGAGCUCCAGCUUGGCCAAGAGAAGGUGGAGGGCUUCAUCAUUGAGGCCCUCAAGACCAAGCUGGUGAGUGCACGUAUGGACCAGAACCAGCGGAAGGUCUUCGUCACGUCCCGGGUCAUCCGUACCUUUGGCCGCACUCAGUGGCAGAGUCUGCAUGACACACUCACUGGCUGGAAGGCAAACUUGGCCAUGGUCAAGGACUCCAUGCAGGCCAUCGUCACGGCUCCCUUGGUCCCCGGGAAGUAAAAGUAAAUAGAAGCAAAGUCUCUCUCGCUAUCGUCGUCUCCACCUUUUGUAUCAUUCGUCUCGUAAAGAUCAAUCCCUCGCUGUCUCUCGGUCGUCCAUCUUCAGAAUAAAGAGUCGAGUGUU